GGCGGGGCCGCCUUUUCCCCUCUGUUUUCCGGAAGCGGAUGUGACGCGCAGCAGCUGUGUAAGGGGCCGCGAGGCGGUGGCUGUUCCCGCAGCCAUGGAGGCGCGGGAGGCGCUGCAGGAGCUGCGCGCGGCGCUGCGCGCGGUGCUGGCGCGGGUCAGAGAGGGCGAACCGGGCGAAGGCCGAGAGCCGUUCGAGCCCACGCGCUUCUGGGACGCGCUAGGUCAGACAUUCAAAGAAACAUCACAAGAAGCUACAAAACUUAGUCUGGCAUUCUCGAGGUCUCCACUGCCUUCUGCAGAGAAUUGUCAGAAGCUGAGCGAAGAUGUCCAAAAUGCCAUUCUUGCAGUUGCCACAGUGUACUACUGGCUCCCCAAGGGCCAAGGUACUACUCUUCGGAAGAUGGUACGAGAUGCUACCACUGAAGUAGUGGAAGGAAUGAUCCAACUCACAGAAACUAUUCUCAUUUCUCCAUUGGAGAGCUUGUCUCAGGAACAGCUUAUAUCAACUGGUGGUGUGUGGGAAGCGUGUGAGCAAGUGUCCAACCUGCCACGAAAUAACCAGGCAGCAGUUGUGUCAGCUCUCGCUGCUUGUCUGAGUGUGGUCAAGGAUGCUCUGGAGGAGAUGGAAAAUGCUCUGGUGGAAGGGCAAGACCCCUACAGUGAUAUCACGGAAGAUGAAGAUCUUGGCUUUCGGGGCAACAGAGAUACCUAUUGGUCAGAAGCUGACCGGAAACUGCUUAGCUCCUGCAUGGGAUUAAUAAAGGCUUCCAAAGCUUGCCUGAAGAAGGUCUUAAGUGUAGUGAAGGCUUAUGGCAAAGCUGAAUCUCCAGAGCAUAUUGCUCAGCUGGAUGACCUUGCAGACAUUGCUAAUGAGAUCAGUCCAAGUGUUGAUGAGUUGGCACUGAGCAUGUAUCCACCUGUGAACCAGCUGGCCGUGCGACUCAACGCUGCUAAACUGGCCUCAGUAUUAAAGAAAGUCUUAGAGAUUACAAAGACAAGCCAUGUCUGUCCACCAUCAGAGGAAGGCUGGGUGCAGUUUCUGAUUGGUGCAGUAGAUCACAACAUGGACAAAAUCAAGAACUUCACGCAGGGUGAACUUUAGCUCUUCUGUGUCCACAUGUGUAGCUGCUACUGGCCCUGAUGUAUGCUUUUCCAGUGAAUCUGGCCAUUCUCCAGCUACAGGGAGAAUGAUGAGGACAGUGCUCUUAAGAGAGAACUUCAAUGCCACCUGGCAAAACUCACAAAAAAUCACCCUUUGCAAUUGCAGGUGAUGUCAUUUUGCUUGGACUCUUGGGAUGGUGCAGUGCUGAAUCUUACUGUUGUGAAUGUGCCCAGUUUUUCAGACAUUACAACUGCUGUGGGGUUCAAAGAACAAUAAAAUGCUGCUAGAUUUA